UAUCAAUGGCCCGCUGUCAACGUAAUACAUACAUUUAAUACUUUCGUGUAGAAACUGUUAAUAUGUUUAAAAUCGUAUAGUGUAACUAAAAUCAAUGUCUCUUGUAUUCGGGCAACGUUUAUUGGCGUACCAAUGACGCAGUACGUGAAAAUUCAUUACGGGCCUUGCGAGGCGUUUCACACUACCUCGCAUAAACCUGCUAAAUUAAAAGGUGUUAGGGAUAAACUCCGGCGGCUAGGUUAUCGAGUGGACCUGAACCCGGUAGAGUACAUCAACUACUGCGUUUUCGAGAUCAUGGGUUACGAGGUGUUCCGCUGUAACAUCCGCAAUCUGCUAUUCAACACGGAAUGCGACUCGGACCCGGUCGCGUCGCGCGCCGUUCAGGCCUGCCUCGUGGCCUCCGACGAGCUCCAACGAGCCCGCAACUACUUCUGGCUGUCCCGCCUCAUCAACGAAGACAUCUUCAAGCGAACACACUGCCAAGACCAGUGGCCAUUCGAGCUAAACAUCAAACCUUAUGCAACCUGCUUGGAUUGCGUGGGGUGCUGCGGUAUUUUGACUAGGGAGAAAGAAGACGCCGAAAAGAAAAAGCUGUUAGAUUAUAAUGAGAUUAAGCAGAAUUUGCUAUAUGAUUUGAGCAAUAAAAGGGUGGUCGAUAAAAUGUGAUGAAAUUCACCAAUU